AUGAGUCAGGAGUAUUUUCCCGGCAAAGGUGGCUCCUCUGCCGGUGAGGGCUCGUCCAGACAUCCUCCGGACGACGAACCAUCAGAGAACCCUUUCUUUUCAACCGCUCCGCCCGCGUACAUGACCGUCGGCAAUGGCUCGACCUCGGAGAGUGCCACAGCCUUGAUGGCUUCAUUGCAGGAGGAUUCAGGAUAUGGAGGGAGUGUCGCGAGCGGAAGCGUGAUGGAUGGCGAUACUGGCGGCAGGUUAAGGUCGGAUCUACUGGUGGAUAGGCCAACGCCCGCGCAUACCCCCACACAUCUGGGACAGUAUAAUCCUGCUGCGGAACUGGAGAGACAGGUUGUGGCGAGCCAUGUCCAUCAGCUUCUAUAUAACUCAAACAGAACUAAGCUGGGUCGUGCAAUCUCGCGCACUGUUGAGACCUUGAAAGAACUCCAAGAUAUGAAUCGCCAGUGGCCCGCCCAUUAUCCUUCCGUACAGAACCCCGAUCCUUCUCGACCCGCACUACAGCACACCCAGUCGUUUAAGGCAGAUUCGAAUGGACCGGAAGAUAUUCGGCCUGGAAUGAUGAGACGAGCGGCGACAAUGCCCACCAGUGAAGAUUUGGCGGAAUCCAGUUCAGCUGCUGAUCGUCGACCUUCGCCCGGCCCAAGGUUGAUGAGUCCACAAAUUGCGCAGGAGUUCUCGAUAUUGAAACUAGAUCUUAAGUUGGGUGCUUUGUCGCAGGCGGAGUUGGUGCAUUCAUUGGAGAAGGCGUCGAUUGCCUCCCUCUUAAACGGGAAGAUCAGCCAGAGCGUCAAGCACCUCCUUUCGUUGCGCGACAGGAUCGAGGAUACGUCAAGUAAGGUUCUGAUCACCGGUGACCUAAAUGCUGGAAAGUCAACAUUCUGCAAUGCUCUACUACGUCGCAAGGUUCUUCCUGAAGAUCAACAACCCUGCACCAGCAUUUUCUGCGAAGUUCUGGAUGCACGAGAGAACAGUGGAGUUGAGGAAGUACAUGCGGUGCACAAGGACAGGCAGUAUAACCGCAACGACGAACGAACCUAUGAUGUGUAUUCUUUGAAGGAGCUUGAGAAUAUUGUUAUCGACAACUCCCACUAUAUGCAGUGCAAGGUCUACGUGAGGGAUGUGCGAACCAUUGACGAAUCCCUAUUGAACAAUGGCGUGGUGGAUAUUGCUCUCAUUGAUGCACCUGGCUUGAACUCGGAUUCCUUGAAAACAACCGCCGUCUUUGCCCGUCAGGAGGAGAUUGAUGUCGUCGUUUUUGUGGUUUCGGCCGCAAAUCACUUUACGCUCUCGGCCAAAGACUUUAUCCACAACGCUGCUCAUGAAAAAGCCUAUAUAUUUAUUGUUGUCAACGGGUUUGACCAAAUUCGGGACAAGCAACGAUGUGAGCGUAUGAUUUUGGAUCAAAUUGGCAAGCUUAGUCCUCGUACAUACAAGGAAGCUGCGGAACUUGUUCACUUUGUUUCCAGCAAUGCCAUUCCGGUUGCACCUCCGAUGUCCGUCGAAAGCUCCGGCUCUGGGGGAGGCGGUGGAGGUUCGGACCCUCACGGGGACGAUUAUGAUGAUUCGCAUGAUCAUAAAGGAAAAGGAAGAGAUAAGGGAAAGGAGAAACAAAAAAUCCAAGACUUUGAAAAUCUAGAGAGCUCUCUUCGGCGGUUCGUUCUCGAGAAGCGCUCUCGUUCGAAACUUGCUCCUGCUCGGACGUAUCUUCUCAACCUGCUUGCGGACUUGAAUUCGCUGGCCUCCAUCAACCGUGAUGUUGCUCAAUUUGAGCUUAAGCGUGUUACAGAAGAACUUGCUGAACUUGAACCAGCAUAUGAGGAUGGCAAGAAGAAGCAGGUGGAACUAGGUGACCAAGUGGAGAAAUGCAUCGAGGAUUCUUGUGAUGAUGUUUAUAAUCAUACGCGGUCGACUCUUUCCAACGUCAUUGAUCGUGUUUCUGAUGCUGAUCUUGGUGUUGAAUACCCCGGCUUCCUGUCUGCAUUCCAGUAUGCUGAGGAUCUGAAAUUUGCCAUGUUGGAGCAAAUAUCGUCGUCGGUAUCAGACUGCGAAGAUUAUGCGCGUGGAAAGACAGUUCAGGGAGUUGGGUUUAUUCAAAAUAUUGGCCUCCUACAUGUUGGGAAGGACAAAUUUGCUCCCUUGAAAUUCCGCGACGAUAUGAUGUUCCGCCGAGGUCGCCGUCAUACAAUUGCUAGGCAACUCGACACGGAAGUUGAACUAUGGGACUUUUUUGACAUCGCUGGAAUCUGGGAACGACAAGAGAAGGUAGCAGGGACAGGCAUGGCCAUGACAGCUCUAACUGUCGUUGGGGGCAGAGCAUUUGGUGGUAUCAGCUGGAUUGACAGCAUGUUCAGUGCUUUUAAAAUCCUCGGGCCCAACAAUGUGCGACGCCUUAUUCUCCCUGGUGUAGUCGCCGCUGCCCUUUUGACUGCUGCAUAUAUGAUCUCAACUAUCCCAACCACGCUUCCCCCUCGCCUUUCUCGCAAGCUUGCCGCUACCCUCUCCGAAAUGGAUUAUGUUCACUCUAAUGCCAACCGAAUUUCGUCGGAAGUCCGUCGGAUUCUUCGCCUACCGGCUGGCAGCCUCCAAGCCAGCCUCGCGCAAGGUAUCGAGGAUCUCGGAAGACGUAAGCUCGAGGUCGGCAAGACGAAGCACGAGAGCGAAACUGCAAGCAAGUACUUCUCCAAUCUCUUAAGAGAAAGCAGCGAGAACAGAAGAUCCGUGGAAUCUAUAGAUCUCGAUGGCCCAUUGCCCGGUGCCAUGGCAACUCAUGGGCCCUGA